AUUACGAUUUUAACGUUUAUAUUGCGCCCUGUACACCACAGUAUUUGAUAACUGUUUGUAUUUUUUAAGUUUUCGCUUUGAUUUUACUUUGAAUGUGUGGACGCCUUACUUCCGGUACAACUACUGGUAUCCGUGGUUAGCUUGACGCAGGUUUGGGGCCUGCUGUGUUUUCAACGGAGGGAGAGCUGUGAAGAAAAAUGGCGUCUGCAGGCGACCCAGAGCGGGACACCGGCCAUUCAGUUUGAGCUUUCCGCCCUGAAAUUGAGACCGGGGCUUGGUGGAGACUUAUCGGGAAGCGUCACUGGACCUGUUAGUUUCCUUCUUCCCCGCUUUUCUCCGGUGUGUGUGGCUUUUUCAGGCACCGAGAUUGAAGCGGAACAGAAGAGACUCUCUCCCACAAUGAGGGGGAGAAGAGGAAGGCCGCCCAAACAAGCAGCUGUGAUGCGGGAAGGUUCACCCGGGCCAGUCCGCGGCUCUCGGGGCAGCAGGAGUAGAGGGAUGCGUGGACGGGGAAGGGGCAGAGGACGCGGCCGGGGACGGGGAGGAAGUGGCGGUGUUUGCGGCACUGGUUCUGCGGAGGUGGAUACAGAAAUCUCCGGCCGAGAGAACUUUCAUUCGUCCCGGGGCCGCAGGAAAGUUGGAGCCUCCACCACGGCGGCGGCCGCGGCAUCGCGGGGCAGAGGAGGGAGAGGGAGAGGCAGGGGGUCGAGAGGCAGCCGCGGCGGUAGAGGCGGAGUGAGGCGGCGGCCUCAAACCAAGGUGGUCUACGACGACAACAGCGACGAGGAGGAUGAUAAUUUAAGCUACAGGUCAGACGAAGAUGAACUCCUGAACGACAACCCUUCGUCGGAUCUUGAAGAAGAGGAGGCCUUGGGAAACGACUCUGACUAUCUGGAGGAACUACCAGAUGAUGAUGAUGCCAGCUACUGUACCGAGAGUAGUUUUAGGAGCCACAGCACGCUCGGUAGCACCCCAGGCCGGAGAAAGAAUCGGGCAUUGCGACCGCAGUCUCCCAUUCUUGAGGCAAAGGACAUUCCUCCCCUGGAGCUUCCCAAGUCCUCUGAGGACCUCCAGAUUCCUACCUCACAGCUCCUCAAUGUAUCUGCCAUCUACGAAGUCCUCCGUAACUUUGGCUCAGUGCUGCGGCUCUCCCCGUUUCGCUUUGAGGAUUUCUGUGCCGCGGUGGCCAGCCAGGAGCAGUGCACACUGCUGGCAGAGACCCACAUCUCCCUGCUCAAAGCUAUUCUCAGAGAGGAGGACACUUCCAACACCACAUUUGGUCCCACUGACGUGAAGGAUUCUGUCAACUCAACUCUGUAUUUUGUGGAUGGUAUGACCUGGCCGGAGGUGGUGCGGGCGUACUGUGAGAGCGACCCGGAGUACAGGCACAUUCUGCCUUUCCAGGAGAACGAGGAUUAUCCGUAUGAACCGUUGGAGAGCAAAAUCAAAGUUCUCCAGUUUUUGGUGGACCAGUUCCUGGCGACCAACAUUGCCCGGGAGGAGCUAAUGUCGGAAGGUGUGGUUGCCUACGACGACCACUGCAGAGUGUGCCAUCGCCUUGGUGACCUGCUGUGUUGCGAGACAUGUUCAGCCGUUUACCAUCUGGAGUGUGUGAAGCCGCCUUUGCAGGAAGUGCCGGAAGACGAGUGGCAGUGUGAGGUGUGUGUGGCACACAAGGUACCUGGCGUGGCGGACUGCAUCCCAGAAGUGCAGAAGAGCAAACCAUUUAUUCGACAACUGCCUGUCGGUUAUGACCGACAUCACCGAAAAUACUGGUUCCUUAACCGCCGCGUUGUUGUUGAGGAGGAUGGUGAGCAGGAGGACAAAGCCAUCUGGUACUACAGCACCAAGGUCCAGCUAGCUGAGCUCAUAGAUGGUUUGGAUAAGGAAUACUGGGAGGCCGACCUGUAUGCAGCGCUCGAGGAGAUCAGGGACGAGGUGCACGCCCAUAUGGACAUCACUGAGGACCUAACCAACAAGGCCCGUGGCAGCAACAAGUGUUUCCUCACUGCUGCAAAUGAGGAAAUCCUGGAGCGGUUGCGGGCUAAGAAGGAGGAGGAGCUGGAGGAGGUGAAGAGACGGGCAGCUGAGGAGGCCCAGAAAGCACGGCUGGAGAGGGAGAAGAAGGAAGUGGAUGUGGAGAAGGAAGAUGAAGAGGCUAAAUUGAGGGAUGAGGGUCAACAGGAGAACAAGGUCAAAGAUCUGACAGAGGAGGAGGAGACAAAAGAAGAGGCCACGGAAGAGAAGAAGGAUGGUGGAGUUGUUGAAGCUCCACCCACUGGCCAAGAAGGCAGUAGUGACAGUAGCAUCUCAGACGGACCUAUACCUCCAGCAACCUCUGCCCCGACACAAAGCAUCCCCACCGCCACAAGCUAUAGCCUGGCCUCUGAGGCUCCAAAGCCCCUGGCCUCCACCGUAGAGCCUCUGAUACAGGGAUGUUCCCAUAUGGAGGUCUCUAGCAACAAAGAAGCAGAAAAUGCAUCAUCAGAUUCUGUCCCUGUCAGUGGAGAUGGCGUCCCCAGCCUGAGCCAGCCCUCCCAGGCCAACGAGGAGAACAGUAACAGCAGCAUGGGAGCUGCGGUCCCUCCUAGAGGUCCUGAACCUCCAGACCUGGCUGACAAGUCCUCGCAGUCAUCCCUGGCCAGUCUUGAUGACACAGGGGACAGUAAAGAUGGGGCCAACGGUGAGACCGGUCUCAGCAGUAAGAAGUCCGCAGCUACUCGCAUGGUGACCCGGCUAAGGAACCCGGACAGCAAGCUUAGCCAGAUGAAGAAUCAGCAGGUGGCUGCUGCUGUUCAUGAAGCCAACAAGGGCUUCAAAGAGGGAAAAGAGGUACUUGUUGUUAAUGCACAAGGUGACGUCACCCGUGUCAGCACACGCGGCAAGGAGGUCGUGAUGAAGGGGACACUCAGCCAGUACUUCAAGCUUGGCCAGGAGGGAAAAUACCGCGUCUAUCAUAACCAGUACAGUUCCAACACUGUGGCCCUCAACAAGCACCAGCACAGAGAGGACCAUGACAAGAGGCGACAUCUCUCCCACAAGUUCUGCAUGACACCAGCAGGAGAGUUUAAGUGGAACGGGUCUAUUCAUGGCUCUAAGGUUCUGACCAUCUCCACACUGAGACUCACCAUCAUCCAGCUGGAGAACAGUGUUCCAGCACCGUUCAUGCACCCUAACUGGGCCUCACACAGGACCAAUUGGAUCAAAGCAGUUCAGAUGUGCAGUAAGGCCAGAGAGUUUGCACUGGCUCUGGCCAUCCUAGAGUGUGCCAUCAAACCUGUGGCCAUGCUGCCUGUCUGGAAGGACUCACUGGGCCAUACCAGGUUAAACCGCAUGACAUCUAUGGAGCGUGAGGAGAAGGAGAAAGUGAAGAAGAGGGAGAAGAAGCUGGAGGAUGAAGAGACAAUGCAACAGGCCACCUGGGUCAAGUACACCUUUCCAAUUAAACACCAGGUGUGGAAGCAGAAAGGAGAGGAGUAUCGCGUUACGGGCUAUGGGGGCUGGAGUUGGAUCAGUAAGACUUAUGUGCAGCGUUUUGUCCCCAGGCUUCCAGGCAACACCAACGCCAACUACCGCAAAGAACUGGAAGAUGCAAAACUUGGCAAGAAAUGUACCCUGUUGGACUUGAGUCGACGUCCCAGCGUAGCUGCACCAGAAGCUCAGGGAGCUGCUGUUUUAAGCAGUGAGGCAAAAGAUCAAGAGUCCUCUGGCCUCUCCAAGCCUGCAACAGAUCACCCGACGUCUGUUGAUGAUUUGGAGUCCAAUGAGAGGAUGGAAGAGGAAAAGAAAGAAGGGGUGGAUGAGAAAGAAAAAUCUGAGGAACUGUUAGCAGAUGAAUCGCCUAUGAAGAUGGAGGUGGACGUCACAGACUCACAAUCAGAUGAAGAGCAAAGGUCCAGUAUUCAGGAGGAGAAGGCUUCCAUGAAGGAGGAGCCUACAGACGACCCUACACGACCCUUUAACUACGAUGUAGUGGAUGUCAGCAAGGGUUUCCUCACCCGCAUUGCCUACAAGAAGAAAGUCAAGUCCUCCAAGCUGGACAGCCUGCUGGAGCGACGAGUGAAGCAGCACAUUAUUGAAGAGAGGCAGAGGCAGCAGGUGACUGCCUCCAACCCUCAGACUCCUACGCCAGUUUCAUCCACUUCACACCCCGCUCCAAGCACUCCAGUCCGGCCGCGGUCACCACUCAAGCCCCAGACUUUCUCUCAGAAACAGCUUGCACUUGGUGACGACGUGAAAGUGGAGGAGAAAUCUUCCACAACACAAACUCCAGGGCCAGGAAAAGUUGGAGGACGAGAGGUCGAAGGGGAGAGUCAGGCUGAACUCUGUAAAACUACAGAUGAGACUGUAUCUCCUCCUCUUCCUUCUCCUGCUCCAGACUCCACACCCAAAGACAGUUGCAGUACAGGUACAGGUGAAGAUUCAGCUUCACCGCAAAACCAAACUCCCUCCAUGCCACAGGUAUUGGAGGCAGACUUAGUGGAAAGGACUACGGGGCCAAAAGAAACUAAUACAGACAGUUCAGGCCAAGAGGGCGUUUCACUGUCUGAUGUACAUGAAACAACAGCAGGGGGGAUUCAUAGCUCUUUAGAACGACAAACAACUAGUGUGCCGUCACAUGUUGCUAAGGCUGAAUAUAUUGAAAACACAGGGUCUAAGGUACCCAACUUGAAAUUGGACUCUCUAAGGACAUCUCCAAGUGUUCUUGACCAAAUAAGCAGUCAAAACACAUCUCCUUCUAAAUGUAUUCAGCAAAACACAGAAACUUUAAGCUCAGCGCGUUCGGGUACAGAGGAAAAUGGCACGGGGCCAGAGGAGAACCAAGGAAUUAUUAAAGGCAUUGGACAAAGUAGAACUGAAGACAAUAGCACUCCCGAGCCAGUUUCUCCUCUCCCUCAGGUAAAUGGUAAUGAUGGCUCGGGGAGUGAAAGCAUGUUGACUAACUCUGUAAUGAGCUCAAAUAAUGGUGUGCUUACCAACAGUCCUCAGCCCAAGGUAAACAGUAUUGGUAAAGUUGAAGAACAAGGGCUUGUUGUCUCGUUGAAGGACAGCACGCAGGUAAAGCCUUUGGUGAACGGAGAUUUGGCCCCUGUGAAUGACUGUACAGAGGUUGGGGGGAAGGAACCAAGCCUAGCUUCUAAGGUAGAGGUAGAAUGUAGGACAGCGGUAUUAGACCAGGACUACACACCUCCGCUGAAGAUAACGAGGCUGGAGAACAACAUAGACGCACUUGGAGCUAAUAAUGAGAGCACUCGACAACACAGCAGCACAUCACCAUUUCAGUCUGAGGAGACUAAACCUAGUCCCGUGAUCAAGAUCAUCAGAAUGGCUCCGUCUCCCAUACCUUCAGCAGAAGAGUCCAGUCUAAGCGACGACUUCACGGAGGAGAAUAGUAACAGUGGGACAACAGAGCCGCUCAAGACCAUCAUCACCCAGGUAACCACAACCUCCACAACCACCAUGACAGUAGUUUCCACAGAGAUGAGGAUAGCCAAAGUGCCCCUGAAUGCAUCUGGAGCGGUGUCGACGACAGAAAACAGUGCAGUGUCCACCCUCACCACCAUGACCAAAACAACUGUGACCAAAAUCUGUUCCCCUGGGCACGAUGGUCAGUCGGAGGACAGCCAGAGUGAAAUAGUGACACAAGAACAGAAGACAACGCACUCAGCCUCUAUGAGCAAGUCAGCGACUGACGCCAGAGGUAGAACCUCGGUGUCAACUGUUGCUGUGAGCCUCGUGGACUCAUCAUCAACAAAGGGCCGUGUCCGCCUCCUCAAGUUCUCCCGCACCAAGAAGACACGCUCAGACACCGCCCUUCCUUCUUACCGCAAGUUUGUCACCAAGAGCAACCGCAAGAGUAUUUUUGUACUGCCACACGACGACUUGAAGGUGCUGGCGAGGCGAGGCGGAUUCCGUGAGGUGUCCAUAUUUAACUACAAUGCCAAGCCAGCACUGGACAUCUGGCCUUAUCCUUCACCCAGGCCCACGUUUGGCAUCACCUGGAGGUAUCGCCUGCAGACAGUGAAGUCUUUGGCUGGUGUGAGCCUGAUGCUGAGACUCCUGUGGGCGUCUCUAAGAUGGGACGACAUGGCUGUCAAACCAUCCGCUGCUGUCGGCACCACACGCACAGCCCUAUCCCCACUCAUUGCUACAGAGACAUCAGAUACUGAAAUCACCACCACCGAGAUCAUCAAGCGCCGUGACGUGGGACCCUACGGCAUUCGCUCCGAGUACUGCAUCCGCAAAAUCAUCUGUCCGCUCGGAGUGCCAGAGACGCCGAAAGAAACCCACACCCCUCAGAGGAAGGGGCUGCGUUCCAGUGCCUUGCGCCCUAAGAAGCCCGAGCCUGCCAAGCAGACGGGCCCAGUGGUGAUCGAGACCUGGGUGCCUGAGGAGGAGCUGGACCUGUGGGAGAUCAGAGCCUUCUCAGAAAGGGUGGAGAAAGAGAAAGCUCAGGCUGCAGAGCAGGCCAAGAAACGUCUGGAGCAGAAACCCGGCUCAGUCACAGCCACCCCAGCAGGGACUCCCGCAACACCCGUCGCCACGCCCAAAGUAAUCGUCGGCUCAAUCUCAGGCCAGGGCACCCCCAGCACCAAGGUGGUACUGUCCACCAAGAUGGGCACCCCCGUCACAUUCCAGCAGAACAAGAACUUCCAGCAGUCGUUCGCCACCUGGGUCAAGCAGGGUCAAAGCACACAAGGAGCGGGCACGGAGACCUCCGUAGCCUCGUCUGGUGGGCACACCUUCCAGAUUACAGGAACCUCAGUGGGCGGAAAGGUGGUGACCACCAAGUUACCGCUGCCCGCCAACAGCAAGAUCGUCACAGUCAAUGUGCCAACUUCACAAGGAGGUGUGGUUCAGCAGAAAGUGCUGGGUAUCAUUCCCUCCAGCACAGCAGGCGGUGCUCAGACCUACACCACAUUCCAGCCCCGCACCACCACGCUCAACAUCAGGCCCAAUACCCCAGGCUCCCAGCAACAGGUACUGGCAGCUGGUGGUCAGAUCCGUCCAGGCAUGACAGUGAUCCGAACACCGAUCCAGCAGACAGGACCAAUGGGAAAGACAAUACUCCGAACACCCCUCAUGGUCCAACAAGGUCAGGGUGGACAGCAAGUGGUGACGCAGAUCAUUCGUGGCCAGGCAGUUUCCACAGCAAUAUCUGGUGCCAGCCCUGUCGCCACGGUUACCGGCCAGGGGACAGCCAGCCCCACCACGGCAGGACAGGCGGCAGGCCAAACACCACCCGGCACCCCGCGGGCGCAGGGGCAAGGCCAGGUUAAACUCACCCUGGCGCAGCUCACCCAGCUCACACAGAAGCAGCAGGCUGGGUCAGGUGUGGAUCGGCAGCCUGGUGUCAGUGGUACCCAGCAGGCUCUGACGGUGAUGGUUCAGGGACAGGGCCAGACCACCGGCCAGCUGCAGGUCAUACCUCACGGGGUCACGGUCAUCCCAGGACCCGGACAGCAGCUAAUGCAGGCAGCGCUGCCCAACGGCCAGGUGCAGCGCUUCCUCUUCACCCCUUUGGCCUCAGCUGCCACACCCACAUCAAGCACAGCCACCACAGUCCCAGGCCAGCCCAACUCCACCUCCACCAAGACCCCAGCCCAGCCUGCCCAGCAGGCUGCCGCCCCCGUCCAGGCAGGCGCGAUCCCCUUAGCCACCACCAGCACCCCUUCGUCGGCCACCCCGCAGGGCCAGCUACCCCCUCAGACGCAGGCUCACAUGCCCAUUCAGUCUCCCACCUCGCUGCAGGUGAAAACGCAGGGAGGAACCGCCCAGCUGCAGCUGCAGCAGACGCCCCAGCUCAUCAGUAUGUCUGGACUGCAGCAGCAGGUACAGGUGUUGGCGCAGCUGCAGGCCCAGCAGGGUGGAGGCUCACUGCCACAGCACAUCAAACUGCAGCUUCCUAUCCAGAUACAACAGACCGGCACCACCUCAGCUCAGGGAGGACAGAUUGGGAACGUAGUGACCAUCCAGGCAGCUUCUGUCCAGGAGCAGCUGCAGAGAAUCCAGCAGCUCAGAGAACAGCAACAGCAGAAGAAGAGACAAGCCGCAGAGGCCAAGAGAGAGCAAGCUCUCAACGCAGCCAGCCAGAGCGACAUCAUUCAGAAACAGGUGGUGAUGAAGCAAAACGCUGUGAUCGAGCACCUGAAGCAGAAGAAGACAAUGACGCCUGCAGAGAGAGAAGAGAAUCAGAGGAUGAUUGUAUGCAACCAGGUAAUGAAGUACAUCCUAGACCGGAUAGACAAGGAUGAGAGGCAGGCGGCCAAGAGGAGGAAGAAGGAGGAGGUGGUCGAGGCAAAAAGGAGAUUGGCCAAUGCCAGCAAGCUCUCCUCGCUUCUUUACCGGCACAAAGAGAGCCUCAAGAUGGAGAUCCUGAAGAAGCGGGCGCUUCUCGACAAGGAGCUGCAGCUAGAGGCCCAGGAAGAGCUAAAGAGGGACCUGUUGCGGAUGCGAAGGGAGAAAGAGAGAGCUCAGGCUGCAGCCCAACAGGCUGCCCAGGCUGCAGCCGCAGCCGCCGCUGCCGCCCACAACCAGCAACAGCAUACUCUGGCACACACGCAUGGCAUCACCUCUCAGCACCACCUCACCAUGAGCGUCACCUCCACACACAAAAGGAAACGGGAAGAGGAGAGGGAGACGGCGACGUCAGCCAAGUCCAAGAAAAAGAAGAUGAUCUCGACAACAAGCACCAAGGAGAGCAAAAAGGAUACCAAGCUCUACUGCAUUUGCAAGACGCCCUACGACGAGACCAAGUUUUACAUUGGCUGCGACCUGUGCACCAACUGGUAUCACGGAGACUGUGUGGGCAUCACGGAGAAGGAGGCCAAGAAGAUGGACGACUACAUCUGUGUGGAGUGUAAACGAGGUCAGGAAGGCAGCACAGAGGAGCUGUACUGCAUCUGUCAGACGCCGUACGACGAGUCCCAGUUCUACAUCGGCUGUGACCGGUGUCAGAACUGGUACCACGGUCGCUGUGUGGGCAUCCUGCAGAGCGAGGCCAACCACAUCGACGAGUACGUGUGCCCACAGUGUCAGUCGACGGAGGACGCCAUGACGGUCUUCACGCCGCUUACUGACAAGGACUACGAGGGCCUGCGGAGAAUCCUGCGUUCGUUACAGGCACAUAAAAUGGCAUGGCCGUUCCUGGAGCCAGUGGACACAAACGACGCCCCAGAUUACUACAGGGUUAUUAAGGAACCAAUGGACCUUUCCACCAUGGAGGAGAGGAUACAGAAGCGCGAGUACAUCAAGCUGACAGAGUUCGUAGCGGACAUGACCAAAAUCUUCGACAACUGCCGCUACUACAACCCCAGUGACUCGCCCUUCUACCAGUGUGCCGAAGUUCUGGAGACCUUCUUUGUCCAGAAACUGAAAGGGUUCAAAGCCAGCAGGUCUCAUAACAACAAACUACAGUCAGCAGCCUCUUAGCUCCCUCCUAAAAAUCCAAGUGUCAAAAAGACAAGCCUUGUGAAUGAUUAAGCCCCGUGGUCCAAGUCAGGCUGCAUCUGAACCUGAGCCCUCUCUGACGGAGAGCAUGCUCCCAGCUGAAAAUCAGCUCGCACUGGUGUCAAAGCGCCCAACCUCCAACACGGAGAGAAAAGCCCCUUUUCAUCCAAAGUGUCUUUGGGACGUAAAGGCAGAGAAGUCCUACCUUCAGACCAGGAGACAGGGCAGCCGCGGACCCUGCCUGGCAGCCUGCUUCAUCCCAACCAGCCGUUCCUACCAGUGCAUCCCAUCCAUGAGAGGAAAGGUCCAGAUGGGACACGCAGAUAAAUUUGAUAAGUUGGCUGGUUGGAUUUUCAGUGGUCAGUCCGGUUGUCACGGCAGCAGCGGACUCGUAAAAGAGUUGUGUUCUUUCUGUAACUGAUCACUAUUUUUGUGUAUCCUAUAUAGCAAAGUGUCAGCUUUGAUCUUCCCACCCAGAGGUGCAACUUUCAUUUCAUCCUGUCAAAUUUUAAUGACACAAACAUCCCAUUUAAAGCUGAGACCAACAUGGAAAUGUUCAUGAGGUCAAAAUGAAAAUGCCCACUUUAUACUUCACAUGUGGCCAAUGGCAGGCUUCACACCCAUGUACAGUACCUUCAGUUUCAUCUCAUAUUUAACGCCUGUAUGCCUGAAAGCUACGGAAGCCCAUUUCCAGCAGUGUGAUUUUUAAUAAAGAAAGUUAUUUAACUACAUCAAAACAAUAACUUAUAUCAAACAAAUUACUUUGUAUUGUCUCUUGGUAUUUUGAGAUGCCAAGUCACUUUGAGAUAAGUCAUUAUUUUGAGAAUGUUUCCCAUUACUUUAAGAUAAGUAAGUCAUUAUUAUUAUUUUGAGAAAGUUAAUUAAUUUGAGAUACUAAGUCAUUUUUAGCAAGUUUCUCAUUGUCAUUAUUUUUGGAAAAGUUUCUUAUUAUUGUGAGACAGUAAGUCAUUAUUUUGAGAUACUAAGUCAGCUUAAACAAGUUUGUCAUUAUUCUGAGAUACUACCGUAAAACUUUAAUUAAAGGCCUAGUCCCAAUUUAAUGCCCAGCCCCUUUUACUAGCCCAAUAUGGCUACACAUUUUGACAAAGGCCAGUCUCAGUUAGAGGCCUGGUCUGGUUGCCAAGCAGUUCAUGCUUUUAUAGAAGUUUUUCAGAUGUAUUGAAAGGGGUUGUUCCUUGAUUGCCCUGUAAGUUAUUUAUAUUCCUUUAGUCCAUAAGGGUCCUCAGAUCAAAAGAAUCAAAAGGGUUUUUCAUUAAAACGAUUCCAAGUUGUGAGUAUUGUUUUCACAGGAUAAAGUGGUGUGUCGGUAUGCCAGGUGCAGUAAUCCUUGAGUGCCGUAACUCUCUCUGAUGCACUGUUUGUCGGAGCUAGAUCAAAUAAAUGAUUUUAAUUGAUAUAAUAUCUGAAGCCUAAUUUUUAUACAAGUAGUAUUCAUAUUGGUUUAAAUGAACAAUGUGAUAGUAUUUUCUGAACUUUGAUGAGCAACAGUUUUGGGUAAAAGGAAUUAAAGGCCUGUCCCAAAUAUAGGCCUGUUGAUUCCAGUGAUUUAUGCAUAAAAUAGCCCAGGCUAUUAAUUGAAGUUUUACAGUAAGUCAUCAUUUUUAUGAUAUGUCAUCAUUGAUAUGUUAACUUAUGAUUUGAGGUAAAGGAGUCAUUUUGAGUCAAUUUCCCAUUAUUUUAAGAUACCCAUUACAAUGAGUUGCAGGACCUCUUUUUUUUUUUCCUCUCUCAUUACACGGGCAGAAAUGGGCUUCCAAAGUAAGCAGCAUUUUAUUGGGUCUGCAGGAACUAACGUUGCUCUUUGUCCCCCACCUGAUAAAAACAGCCCCACUGAAGCAAACCAGUUUUCAGAUCUCAGGCGCAGUGUCACCAUCCGUCUUUCACACUUCACUGCACCGUUACUUUGACUGUAUCCUCAGUUGCAUAGCCCUGCACGAAGCAUGAAGCAGCCUCAUAAAACCCACUCUGCGGCACUUUUCACUGUACAUUCCCUGUCACAGUAGCCUGAUGCUGAGAUGCUCCGUUUGUAUUAGAAGCUAGAUUUCUGAAGUUCAUUGUAGGAUUAACAUCACCACAUAAAGACAGCAUUCACUCAAGUAAUUCAAGGGGUCUUCAUUUUGUCCGAGGGCUGUCGUGUUAAUUUCCAGAGGAAAACACCCAGGACAGACCAUCUCACCCACCACAUCCUGCCCCUCCUCUGACCUUUUACCAUUUAGUGUUCCUCUGAAAUGCAAGUGAAGAAUGUUAACUAGCUCUGUGCUCCUUUUAAACUUGACCUUUUUGAACGGGGUCAAGGACAAGAAGGGAGAAAGCGAGACUGUUAGGCCUUCAGGGAAGGUGAGACUUUUACGAGGCUUAACUAACCCACAUGUACUGUACCUUCCAUACACGCACUGUCUCGUCACAAGCUCUUGUUUCUGUCAGUGGCUGAGUCUGUAAGUCUCUCUCCCCUUAUCUAUCAGCCACUUCUUCCAACAUAUUUCAUUGAAGUUGACAGGUUGGCUCACAUAUGUCUCUCAACUCGCCCUCAAAGCAUGGUUAAGUAAUUGGAUAAUGGACUUUUCCACUCAGCAUCAACUCAGUUAUGUUGCGGUCUGCGGCAGCAUGUCUGGGAGUAAACUUUGAGUGGGGACUGGGGAGUCUUUGUACCGUGGGGUUUGUAUGAAAAUUUUAUAGCUGCAUUUUUAGCAUAUUUGGGCACAUUUUUGUAAUCGGUGAUUAUCAGUUUUGUAGGAGGGGAGCAGUCAUGAGACACAGUUGUCUUUAAGUUGUUAAAAACUCUUUAAAUUUAGGCAAAUGUUUCCAUUUCAGUCAUUAAGUUUUUUUGUGUGUGUUUGCAGAGUUGAGAGAUAAUGUAGCUGCUGUCUUCUUUACUGUGUUUGUGUGUCUUUCACACAAAUGUCCGUCACUUUGUAAUCUGAUGAUGAUGUGUUUCAUCCACUGUUUGUAAUCUCUAUUGUAUAUUAUGGCUGUCCAAAUAUGUAGAGAUGAAAGAUUUUUAGAGCAGUAGAAACUUUUAUUUUUCACUCUUUGAACCAGCAACUAAGCCCGCCUGUAUAUUUUAACUGUCUAUUUUUUCUCUUUAAUUGAAGUGAACUCUACAUUUUAGGUGAAAUUGCCCUUUAUAUUAAAAGUGCUGCAUAUUGUGAGCAUAAAGGUUUUGAAUGGGGGUAGAGUGACACAGUUAACUCUUGUAAAGAGUUUCUUUUUUUUUUUUUUGUAAGAAACCAACCAGUUCAACAUAACUUCUAUAUUGACAUUGCAUUUCUUGUAUUAUUUAUUCAUAUCAAUGAAAAGUUCUCAGUUUUUUUUAGUAAUGUUGAGGAAACGUAACUGCAGAUAAAAAGUACUCUAUGUUUUUAACUGAUUGUGGCAACUCCGAAGAGAUUCUCUUUUGUACUUGAUAGGACAUUUCAUCCUAGAUAAUAAAAGUAAUGUUUUUGA